GUGCAAAGUGAAUUCGCAUGCGCAGUAGUCGCCUGGUUCCAACAUGGCGGCGAAUUUUCUUCGACUUUUGCAGAGGGGAGGUUUUCAGCCUCAUUUCUCACCUAAAGGUGGGGUCCAGAACAGUCUGCAGCUAAGAGUUAGUCCAAAGAACUGCAAAGGUCAAAGGCGUAACAUUACAAGUGACCCAGAGCGGUAUCCAGGCGCAGACUUCAACUACCCUAAAACAAAGAAAUUUUUCUGGGCCACACCACCUAAGUACCACGAGAAACUCUUCCUAAGAGAUGUGGCUAAAUACUAUGCUCUGACUGGCAUCCCAGCUUUCCUCAUCAUCAUGUUCAUCAAUACCUUCAUUGGACCAGCAGAGCUCACAGAGAUACCAGAAGAUUAUGAACCAGAAGAGUAUGAGUACCAUGAUCACCCCAUCACACGGUUCAUAGUGCGUAACUUGAUGCCAACCUACCAAGAAAACUAUGAGAAGAUGUUGGCAAAGGUUUCCUAUGAGAAUGAGAAGAAGGAGUGGAGGCAAAAACAGAAGAUGGCGAACUACCUGAUGCAGGAGCGAGGUGACGGCUUGCACUACUUCGUCCCCAUGACCUCUACAGAGGUCAUUGACUACUCUCCCAAGACCGACCCUGACCAAUAAAAUGUCCCCUUACAUCGCUAAGCAGCAGCUUGCUUCUGUACAUGAUAGAAGUCCUCUGUUAUCUUCUCUCUGAUGUAAAAUGAUUUGCUUUGCUAGUCUUGUGUUUCGUACUAGAUUUCACACAUCAAGUUUAACUGUUGAAGACAAAUUUUGAAGAAAAACACACCACACAAUGGAUACUGCAGUUCAAGACAAUUGGCUUUAUUGUGUAUGAUACAAAUUAAAGAUGUGUGAACAAC